AUGCCAGUCUAUGGAGCCCAAUCUGUGAAUAAUAUUACUGGCAAAUGGCCAGAGACUAGCCAUGUACGAGGCCAGCAAGUUUGCUCCUGUCAUAGCGCGGCGCAGACUUCUGCGACUUCAACACCGUUGACUGUCACCUAUAGUGAUGAACCGGCACCCUCUGAGUCUGACUCCUCUCUCUCAAUAUGCGCAGAAUUCUCUACAUCUGUUGAUGAAUGCGUGUCCCCAUCACUAGCAGGCAAGGCCGUUGCUCUCCAGCAACCCCAACUGGCACUCAGCUUCGUGAUGGCCUCCUUCCCGUGCUACUUCAAAUUAAUUGAAUCCCGCGUUCCGAUAACCUGGAUCGACUACAUCGCCACACAGCCCAGUUCAAACAAAUCAUCCUUCGACUGGGCCGUGCGAUGUAUGACAACAACUUAUCUCGGCAGCCUCCACAAUGACACCCGCUACCUAGACGAGGGACGAAUGUAUUACUUCCGUUCCCUCCGAAACCUAUCAAAGCUACUAAGUGACCCGCACACGGCCGAAUCAGACGAGGCCCUAUCAACCGUCAUAAUCCUCGGUGUUUUCGAAAUGCACGUCUACACAUCUCUCGAGGGAUGGAACCAUCAUGCGCGGGGACUCCGCACACUAAUGCAGCUCCGGGGUCCUCGCAUGCACGAAGACGGGUUUGGGUACAAUCUAUAUCUGGCAUGUCGGAAUACCCUAGUGACAGCCGCCCUGGUCUCCGGCGAGGCGUGCUUCUUGGAACAACCAGGAUGGCAGCAGCUGAGUAAGGAUCUAGCUACCAAAAGUGCUAGGAAUCCCAACUCGUCGGUCCUGGAGGACAUUGCGGAGCGUGCAUUUCGAGAAGUUGUCAAACUUCCGGGAUUCGUGAAGCGGAUUCGUGGGCUUGGUAGUUUGCCAGCGAAGGCGCAGAGCUGUGAGAGAUCGGCGCUGUUCCGUAUAGUACUCGCCACGCGUGCGGCUAUGAAUGGUAUCUACACUGAAUUCAAAAUCGCGGCGUCAAGCACACGGGCGGGCUAUAAAUCAUACGCCGAUUUCGUUGGGCCGGUCCCACGUGAUUUCUUUGAUAAAUUUGCUAAUCUCACCAUUCGGGGGAUACAGUCUGGUCUUUUGCUCCUCAACUAUCUCGUUAUCUUGUUGAAUCCAUCACAGCAGUCUGCCGCAGAACUAGAAAUACGUGAUAUUAUGAGAUCGAUCCAAGUGAAAGAACUCCCGUUAUGCGAUGACCAUGGUGGGAAAUCUUCUCCCUGUCUUCUUCCGGUAUUCCAUUGCGGAUUUCGGGGGAAGAACUGGGCCUGA